AUGAAGGAGUGUGGGAGUGAGGGAGAGAGAGAAAGAGGAGGAGGGGGAGAUGGAGAUGAGAGCCAGUUUGCGAGGAGGGAAAACUGUCCCGAAGCUCACUCGGAGUUUGCCGUCCUCUACGACCUCUUCAAGAGCAAGAAGCUGCGCUUUCUCUGUUUCGAAUCGGACUUCAACGAAUUCUACAGCUCCAGUUCCAGUGAAACUCCGUAG